GAAUAAUAAAGAUACCUAAUCUGUACUUAGUAUUUGCCCAUUCCAAUAAUACGUGUGGUCGUGAUGCAUCACCCUAACUCGAUUCAGUGAUAAUUACUAUUUUUAUAUUCCGUGUGUUUGAAAAUUGUCUCCAUUGCGCGAUCGUCGUUUAUCCGAUUAUUGUCGUCGCUACUCAGUUGAUUAAUAAUUUUCUAUUGUUGUUAGAAUCUAUGCGAGUAAGUUAAAUAUUUCAUAUUUUCAUAUUAUUCUUUACGAAUCCAAAAAUGUUUUGCUGUAGUGUUUGUAGUGUUAUGUUUAAUGGUGUUUAUCCAGAAUCCGUAUUGACAACACUUUGUGGCCAUUUAUUUCAUUCUGAAUGUAUUUUACAAUGUUUAAAAAAAUCACAUAAAUGUCCUUUUUGUACAUUACACGUUGAGGAAAGCCAAUUGAUCAAACUAAACUUCCAAAUAGAUACUAAUUGGAAAGAUACUGCAGCUGCAUUAAAAACUAAGGCCAAUACAAGUGUCAUUAAUUUGGACGAAUCAUUGAAUGAAACUAUUAAAGACCUCACUUUAUUUGGCAAUAUAAGUCUUAUUGAAAUUGAUGAGGAUGAAUCAAUUUCGGGUCGUGAAUUUUUUGCAGUGAAUAAUCAAAUAGAAAAUGCUUUGCAAAACACAAAAACACUACUGACCACAUCAUUAUCAAGUGUAAAAUUAUCAGUGACUGCACAUGAUUUACUUUUAAUUUUUAAUGAUAUUAUUCCUAAUUCAAUCAUAUUAAAGCGCGAGCUUAUAUCUGAACUUAAAAUAGUUAAAACUGCUAUGGACCAAGGAUUUACCAAUUUAUUAAUUAUAAAUACUCAAUCUGGUAAUCCAGUUGGAUUAACUUUUUUUGAUUUAUUAAUACAUCGUAAAACUUUUGUUGCCCUAUCAUCCUUUGAAUGUUUUAAGUAUAGUAAUACUGUUGGUAAAAUUGAGGUACCGCAGUUGGUUAUAAACUACGAUAGGAAUUUGAAUGAAUCUCAAGAGUUUGUAUUAACAUUUUUCUCUACAAUUCUUCCAAAACAAUGUGAUCAUAAAACUUAUGAUUCAAAUACAAUUAAUAUUAAUUAUUGCAAUGAUUGCGAAUCAAUGAAAUUUGAGUUUAACUUCAUCGGUCUAAAGUUUUGUAUGGUACCACAAACUAAUUUUAAUAUUUUGCGUUAAAUAUCCUAUGUAUAUACUGUAUUUAUUGAUAAUU